GAGGGGUUGGGGGCGCCCGUGGGGCCGAGCAUCCCUGCCCCCGGCCCGCUGGCCCCCGCCCCCCGCCUGCCCCUCGCCCCCCGCCUGCCCCUCGCCUCACGCCUGGCCGCCCCUACCCGCCGUGACCCCCGGCCGCCUCCGGAGCCCGACGCGGAGGGCAUAGACUUCUCUUGUCUUGGUCGGAUGCACAAAAUCCGGGUGCAGUGCUUUCUGCCCGUUGCCUAGACGAUCACUUGGUUUCUCUGAGGAUGUCUGGUUCUCGUAAAGAGUUUGAUGUGAAGCAGAUUUUGAAAAUCAGAUGGAGGUGGUUUAGCCAUCAAGCAUCAUCUCAUUCUACAGUUGACAGCCAGCAGGGAGAAUUUUGGAAUCGAGGACAGACUGGCGCAAACGGUGGGAGAAAGUUUUUAGAUCCAUGUAGCCUCCAGUUGCCUUUGGCUUCAAUUGGUUACCGAAGGUCCAGCCAACUGGAUUUUCAGAAUUCACCUUCUUGGCCAAUGGCAUCCACCUCUGAAGUCCCUGCGUUUGAGUUCACAGCAGAAGAUUGUGGCGGUGCCCAUUGGCUGGAUAGACCAGAAGUGGAUGAUGGCACUAGUGAAGAAGAAAAUGAAUCUGAUUCCAGUUCGUGCAGAACAUGGAAUUCUGAACUAUGGUGUUGGAAUAAUAAUAAAUAUAGACCAGUCGUCUAUAAUCAUUUGUAUAACGGAGAGAGGGGCAUAUCUUUACAUAGGACUUCCAACAGUAGUCAGACGUUAUCAUCCUGCCAUACUAUGGAGCCAUGUUCAUCAGAUGAAUUUUUCCAAGCCCUUAAUCAUGCUGAGCAAACAUUUAAAAAGAUGGAAAACUAUUUGAGACAUAAACAGUUGUGUGAUGUAAUUCUAAUUGCUGGUGAUCGCAGAAUUCCAGCUCAUAGAUUGGUGCUCUCCUCUGUCUCAGAUUAUUUUGCUGCCAUGUUUACUAAUGAUGUCAGGGAAGCAAGACAAGAAGAAAUAAAAAUGGAAGGUGUUGAACCAAAUUCACUAUGGUCCUUGAUUCAGUAUGCAUAUACAGGCCGCCUUGAAUUAAAAGAAGAUAAUAUUGAGUGCCUGCUGUCCACAGCUUGCCUCCUUCAGCUUUCACAGGUUGUGGAAGCUUGUUGUAAGUUUUUAAUGAAGCAGCUUCACCCAUCCAACUGUCUUGGAAUCCGUUCUUUUGCCGAUGCCCAGGGUUGUACAGAUUUACAUAAAGUGGCUCAUAAUUACACCAUGGAACAUUUCAUGGAAGUAAUUCGAAACCAGGAAUUUGUAUUAUUACCAGCCAGUGAAAUCGCAAAGCUCUUGGCGAGUGAUGACAUGAACAUUCCUAACGAGGAGACAAUACUGAAUGCUCUUCUUACUUGGGUCCGUCAUGAUUUGGAACAGAGACGGAAAGAUCUCAGUAAACUUCUGGCUUAUAUUAGGCUACCUCUUCUCGCACCGCAGUUCCUGGCAGACAUGGAAAAUAAUGCUCUUUUUCGGGAUGAUAUAGAAUGUCAGAAACUUAUUAUGGAAGCGAUGAAAUACCAUUUAUUACCAGAGAGACGACCCAUGUUACAGAGCCCUCGGACAAAACCUAGAAAGUCAACAGUUGGAACGUUAUUUGCAGUUGGAGGAAUGGAUUCAACAAAAGGAGCAACAAGCAUCGAGAAGUAUGAUCUUCGUACAAAUAUGUGGACUCCUGUAGCAAAUAUGAAUGGGAGGAGGCUACAGUUUGGUGUCGCUGUGUUAGAUGACAAACUGUACGUGGUUGGAGGAAGAGAUGGACUGAAGACUUUGAACACUGUAGAAUGCUACAAUCCCAAAACAAAAACGUGGAGUGUGAUGCCUCCUAUGUCCACCCACAGACAUGGCCUUGGUGUGGCUGUAUUGGAAGGUCCCAUGUAUGCUGUAGGCGGACAUGAUGGCUGGAGCUAUCUGAACACAGUUGAAAGAUGGGACCCUCAGGCUCGCCAGUGGAAUUUUGUUGCCACUAUGUCCACCCCCAGGAGCACAGUAGGUGUGGCAGUACUAAGUGGAAAACUUUAUGCAGUUGGUGGUCGUGAUGGAAGUUCUUGCCUCAAAUCAGUAGAAUGUUUUGAUCCUCACACUAAUAAAUGGACACUCUGUGCACAAAUGUCAAAAAGGAGAGGGGGAGUAGGAGUAACUACCUGGAAUGGAUUGCUGUAUGCGAUUGGAGGACACGAUGCCCCUGCAUCCAACUUGACUUCCAGACUCUCAGACUGUGUGGAGAGAUAUGAUCCCAAAACAGAUAUGUGGACUGCAGUGGCAUCUAUGAGCAUCAGCAGAGACGCAGUGGGAGUCUGUUUACUUGGUGAUAAAUUAUAUGCUGUUGGAGGGUAUGAUGGACAGACUUAUCUUAAUACAGUGGAGGCUUAUGAUCCCCAGACAAAUGAGUGGACCCAGGUAUGGCAUUUCAUUUUUCAUUAUUACACUUCUCUGUUUUUAUUAAAACAAUUUGUUUAAUAAAAAUGAUCUCCAUUUGUCAAUACCAAAAUAUAUGGCAUAACAUGAUAAAGUCAUCUCUUUGAUUAAAUAUAUGAAAACAAGAAGGAAUGUUUAAUUUUAUGAUAUAAUUAAAAUCCAAAAUUAUUUUUAAAGAAUAAAUUAAUACUCAGAGAAAUUACUAAUAGUUUUGACCUGCCACCAUUUGCUUACUGGGAACUGAUGAGAUGUUCUAGUAUUGAUAGGCCAGAUAGGACCACAAGAGAGCUGUGGCAGAGGGAGGGGAGAUGGUGGAAAAUAAGAAACAAAGAUAGAAAUCAGAAAAAUGUGAACCACUUAGGCAGACAUACGGUAUAAUUUUUAAAUAUUCAAGCCACUGAUGUUUGGGAGCAAAUGAAAUGUCUGGUCAUCACCUAAUAAAGAUGGCAACCUUAAAUUACAUUAACAAGUAAGAAACUUGACCUGGCAAGCUUAUUAACAAAAGGAAUUCCAGCCAUGUCUAUUUCUGGAGGGGCUAGUACUUCUAAGAAUGAUCUUUUGAGAUCUUUGUUUCCAUCAUUACCGAGAACAGAAUUAGGAAUUUUGUGCCCCAGUUCAGAAUCUGGUACCUGAAAGACCCUCAGAUGUUUAAUUGACCCAAGGUUUUUCUAUAUACAAGGAGCAAUGGUAAGUACUGUCAAGAAAACAAAACUUAAAAGAAUCCCCACUGCCAUAGAACUUAAAGACUUAAGUAGGUAUAAUCUGGGGGUGUAAGGGGAGAACCCGCAAUGUAGAACAGUUGGUAGCAAGUGUCCCAUGGUGUAGGCAUUGAGUGGUGUAGGAAAUUAAAGAGAAAAAAUAAAUUGGUUGUUGAGAAUGCUUUAGAAGUUGGAGAAGUUGGAAGUUGUUGAGAAGAAGUUGGACUUAAGCUAAGCUUUCAAUUGAUCCAAUGCAAAAUGUAGAAAGAAAUGGGAAAUUGUAUGAGAAAACAUGAAAGAAAUGUCAGUGAAGAAGAAAUACACAAGAUAUACUGAGAAAGCGUGGCUGGUUCUAAGGAUCCAUGCUUAGUAAGAGUAGGACGUCUUUCCCCCCCACCUUUUUAAUUUCAUUUCAAUUAAUUAACAUAUAAUGUAUUAUUUGUUUUGGAGGCACAGGUCUGUUACUCAUCACUCUUAUAUAAUACCCAGUGCUCAUUACAACACAUACCCUCCC